AUGAAGCAGUUCACCAGCAACUUUGUCGGGAUGCUCCCCGCCCUGGCCAUCCUCCAGGCCCCCCUUUGCCUCGCCCUGGCCAUAGAGCAGCAGCCCGUCUCCUCCGUCGUGCCUCGCGGCGACUACAGCGAGAAAAACUUUGAAUACCUCAGAGUCCAACAAAAGACCGGCCUCAACCCUUACUACUUUUUGGAAAAGCCGGCCCUGUCUCUGCCUCGCGUCUCCGUCUGCCUUCCUCGCGAGUUUGGCGAACCCCACGUCGACGGCUGCAACAUUGCCUUUGACAACAUCCCCAACCUCAAGGACAAGAACGGCAACUUCGCCGUCAAACCAGGCCAGUGCCGCGCCAUCAACGCCCAGUGCUGCCAAGUCACAAUCUGCGCGCCUCGCCUCCUCAACCUGCUCGUCCCUGCCACGGAGGUGCACCUCCAGGUGACCAAGUCGGCGGCCAACUGCACCGCCCAGCACCUCGGCAGCAUCUACAUGGACAACGGCUGGGACUACCUGAUUAUGGUGCACAAGCCAAAGGAUCCGCAGUGCUGGCCGGAUGAUGGCAAGAUGGCGAAGCGCGGGAUGGAUGAGCUGAAGCCGGAGGAGCUCCCGCUGCCGUUUCUGGAUGGGUGGUUGAUUAUUUGA